GGAGGCUUGACUGCGCAUGCUCACGGAGUGUCUGUUGGUGCUUUCUCCUUCACUCAGCUACACUGAGCAACGGUGCGAAAGUCUACACACUCCGUUGUAAAUAUAAGACAUGGAAGAGAAAGUGGGGAUUGUGAUGCUGCAGGAGGAGAAGACAGAAACAGGCGUGCAGGCAGAAAACAAAGAUGUCUGUGCGGCAUGUGAGCACCACGCCCCCGAGGGUCACGGAACAAUGGUUGUCCCCCCAGCGUACUCAGACUUGGGAAAAGAUGCCAAAGAUAUCUUCACCAAAGGCUAUGGCUAUGGAGUUAUGAAGCUGGAUAUCAAGACCAAGUCUCAUAAUGGGGUUGAGUUUAUCACCUCGGGCUCCAACAACACAGACACAGGGAAGUCAGGAGCCCAUCUGGAGACAAAGUACAAAGUGAACAAUCUGGGGCUCAGUUUCAACCAGAAAUGGACCUCAGACAACACUCUGACCGUGGACGUCACCAUGGAGGACCAGCUGGCUACAGGGCUAAAGCUCGGAUUGGACGCAUUGUUUGUUCCCAGCACCGGCAAGAGGAAUGGGAAAGUGAAGAGCGCAUACAAGCGGAACCACAUGAACCUGGGCUGCAACCUGGACUUCGACAAGGCCGCUCCCACCGUCCACGCGGCCGCCGUGCUGGCCUUCAGCAGCUUGAUCGGCGGCUGCCAGAUGGCCUAUGAGACCAAGUCUAAAAUGGCUAAAUACAACUGGGCCUUAGGAUACCAGGGCUCUGACUUCCAUGUGCACGCCCACGUUAAUGACGGGUCAGAGUUUGGGGCCUCCAUUUACCAGAAGGUGAACAGGAACUUGGAGGCGGCGGUGAACCUGGCCUGGACAGCAGGAAGCAACAACACACGCUUUGGGAUUGGAACCAAAUACCAUCUGCACAAGGACUCCUCUCUGUCUGCAAAAGUCAACAAUUCCGGCGUCGUUGGGCUUGGAUACACACGAACCCUCAGGCCAGGAGUGAAUCUCUCCCUCUCUGCGAUGAUCGACGGGAAGAACGUCAGCUCCGGCGGACACAAAGUCGGCAUGUCGUUCGAAGUGGAGGCAUAAACCAGAGAACGGAGAUGGGAAAAGAAAAAAAAACAAAAUGGCCUCAAAUGUGACGACACUCAGCAAUACGUGAACACAUCACCCCUCUGAGUCCAACACACACACACAGAUACACGCUCUUUGGCCUUAGCCCUGAAGCCCUGAUAACCUCCAAGACCUACAGUACUGUAACUACCACCCAGUCCUAAUUUAUUUUUACAUUUUAGUAUAUCUAUGACUUUCAACACAAACCUAAGAGCGUAUUUUUAUCAGUAUGCAGCAAAAACAAUACGAUUAACAAAUAAAAGUGCACUUUUAACUUGAGCAUUAGUGUUUGCAGAGAAGACGCAAGUUCUGAGGCAUCUUUUCAUUUUAACUGUCUGGUUGGUUUAGUUACGUUCAGCUGGAUUAUGGUAGGAUUAACACAGGCUGCCUGUUUGGAGUGUUGUGGUUUUGUUGCAUGAUUUUAAGACUUUUGUGAAAGUUUGUACAAAACGGAUGCAAUAAAAACCAGAGCGAAAGAUGAAACCUCCUUCUCUCAACCUGAGAAGCUGACUUUGAUUCUUCCUCCUGACCUCAGUAGCAAACUGUAAAUCCUCAGCUGCCUAAAUGUGUUUUUCAGAUCUUAUUUGGUAAAAAAAA